GCAAGAUACAGUCUGACAUUUUUAACAGCCUUCUACAUUCAGGAGAUGCUGAAUGACCUUGAACUUUGGGUACUUUUAUAAUGGCCUUGUACUGAUGUCCUGUCUGAGCUUCUUUGCAAUUUGAAAUUAAGGCUGCAGCUGUUGCAUUGAGCCUUCAGCAAGGACGUUAAAUAUAUUAUACCACUGCAAAACAGGACACAAAUUUGUUGAAAAGUAAGUUCUCCACUCUGAGGAACAGGUGCAGUCACAAUGUCCACCGGUUCAGUGAGUGAUCCUGAAGACGUCCAGGAGCUGUCAAUCACUGGCAUGGACCAACGUUCUCUAGAAAACUCAGAAGAUGAAUUCAGAGGUAAUGAUAAUCUGAAAGGAAAGACAAAACGACUACGAGUUGGUGCCAACAACAAACAGCAAAUGAAGAUGGCAAAAGAUGGCCGACAGUCUCAGAGAAACGCAGCUAAUGCCAGAGAGAGGGCACGGAUGAGAGUCCUGAGUAAAGCUUUCUCACAGCUGAAGACCAGCCUGCCAUGGGUACCAGCAGACACCAAACUGUCAAAGCUGGACACCCUGCGUCUGGCAUCCAGCUAUAUAUCUCACCUCAGACAACUUUUACAAGAAGACAGAUACGAGAACAACUUUGUUCAUCCUGUAAACUUGACCUGGCCUUUUGGGGUCUCAGCACGAUUAGAGGACACCAAAGACAUUUCCCCAGCGGUCAGACUAUGUGGAGCUACAGCAUAAACAUCUGGCACCUCUAUGUCUUUUUCUCUUUUAUCUCACACUGUCUGUACUCAUGCACUUCCUUUGAACUUACAGCAAGGGCCAUUACACUGUGAGGACAACAUGUGCUACAUACAAGAAGAUGAAUAGUAGCAAAAUCAUUGGAAACCAUCUGUCUUCAUAGACUUUAAUGCUUGCACAUACAUUUGGAAUUCAGUAAAAGAUGUUUCUUUAAUUGCAUUCUAUUACUAGAAAGUAAAAAAAGAGUAUCUCUUAUGGUUGAUUAUUUUGCUUAUAAUAAUGAUACAGUGAUGAUGCUUAUUCUUGCAAAGAAAUGCAAAUAUUACUAUAUAUGCAGUAUAUGUUUGAUUAAUUUUAAAUGCUUUCUGUAUUACUACCAAGGCAGUAACACCUGAAAUAUUGGAAUCCAUUGCUUAGGUCAGAAAA